AUGUGUUAAAUGUCAAACGUCAAACGAAAUGGAAUCAAAAUAAACUUGCUCGAAUAAAAAUUUUGCGUUUUCUUUCAGCAUACAUUCUAAACUAAACACGGUAUAGUCAGAGUGAAUUAGUUGUUAUUGGAAGUGCCAUCAGAAUUCGCAUAUGUUUUUUUAGACAUAGACUUCAAUAUGUAUUUUUCAUCUAUUAGUUCUCGCUUGUUAUUAUAUGACACUAGCAGUUGGAAUUUGAAAAAAUCUUACAGCUGUUAUGACGGGAUUUUGAGAGAUAUUUCGUGGAGCGAGGAUAGUAAAUAUAUGUUGCAGGUUAACGGUAAAGGAUUGAUAGAGAUUUUGAGCGCCGCAGAUCAUGAUGUUAGAAGCUUGCAGCACAUACCUUUGAAAGACACUUGGUCGGCAAGUUUUCAUAGAGAUGGCCAUCGUAAUAUCGCUAUUGGUACAAAGAGCGGCAACGUGAUGAUAUGGGACACUAAAAAUAAAUCUAUAACAAAGACAUUCCCAACACCUUCACAGCAAUCAAGUGUCAAUUUUGUCAGUUACAAUGCCAAAAACACCAGUUUGGCAGCUACCACACAAAAUGGAGAUACAAUUAUCUAUGGAUUAGUAUCUAAUAUUCCUGUGUCAACUGUUAAGCUUCCAUGUUCAAAAAGUAUAUCAGCAAUGAAGUUCCACCAUGAAUCAAGAUCACUUCUUGGCUUGGCAACAGAUGAAGGACAUAUGGUGAUACGUGACAUCACCACCAACAAAGACAAAGUCCUAUUUGAAAAUGUUCAUGCCUCUCCAGUUAGUGACUUUGUUUAUUCACUUAUAAACAAAGAUGUAAUGUUAUCGUGUGGAUAUGACAAAAUUAUGCAUGUUUAUGAUGUGAGAAUGCAGAAUGUUGUCUCUACUAUUAAAACCCCCUACACUCUUACUUCUUUGGCUAUAAAUGUUGAUAACCAAGUGGCACUAGGUACAAAGAAUGGUAUUGUCCUAAUAUAUGAUUUAAGAGAUUUGACAGAUUCAUUUAAAAUUUUAAAAGGGCAUGAGGAAGAGGUACGCCGUGUUGCAUUUCAACCUUCACGUCAUAAGAUUUCUGUAGACAUUAGUCUCAGAGAUGAUACGGAAACAAAUUUGUCACCUCGUAAAAUGCAAUCUCCAGUUCAUAAUAGAACUUCAGAUUUGUUCUUUGUAAAUGAUACACCUCCUAAAAAUAAUAAUUUAGAAGUUUCAAAUCAAGGUGAAGCUAAGGCUGACUCUUUCCUUGUUAUGAUGGGCCUUGAUAAAACUAAUAUUGAUUUUGAAGAUGACUUUAAUAAGUCUGAACAUGACAGGAAAAGUAUGAAACAUGAUGUACGUUAUUGCCAGUUAGAUGGAGAAAAAAAUAUAAACAAAGUUUCUACACCACUCAACAGUAGGACAGCAGAAAACCUUGGGUUUCCAUCCCCCAUCAUUGGCAUUUCAAAUGGAAUGCCAGAUGAUGGUAGAAACACAAAUAUUAAUGUCUCCAAUAUGAAACAAUCCAGAUGUAACAGUGGAAGUACAGCAGUUCCUGUUGACACAAAAGUAAUGGAAGACCUAAAAGACUUUAUCAAAUUAAGUCUUGCAGAUGUAGCUGAUGAUAACAGAAACUAUUUCUUGCAUAUUAUGAUGGCACUUACAAAACAAAAACUGUAUCUUGAGAAGCAAUUAGUUGGUUUGAACGAGCAAAUGCAGAAUUUGGUUCACAACCAAAAUGCUUUGGUUGAAAGUAACAGAAAGCUAGCAUUGGAGGUAGAUAUGUUAAAGGCUCGACAGAAUAAUAUGUUUUAAAUGUGCAUUUGCUUGUAUAGAACAAAUUAAUGAAAUAAUAUAAGAGCUAAAAUUAGAUAUAGUAUGAAUUGUUACAAAUGAUGUAUACUGAAAUUAAAACGCUUCUGUAAUAUAGAUUAAAUAAAAAUUAUUGUAUUAAGCAUUCCUGGAGGAUGUUGAAGUGCCAAUCACAAAUGUUAGUUACAUAUUCUAAUCUGCAUAUAUGAAAUUGCUUAGGUUUAAAUUGUUAAUAUUCUCUUAGAGAUUUUAAUAAUGAUGUGCCGUUGAAGCCCAGUUCACACACUAGUAUUAUAUUUUAACACCUAAUUUUGGAUCAAUAAAUCUGCAUAUUUACAUGUGUUCAUUGUUA